CCCCAAACCCAAUCACACUCCCACACAAACACUCUCCUUGUCUCAAUUUCAUGCUUUCGUCUUCUUCUUCAAUCUCAUCACCCCCUUUCAAACCCUAACCCUAAAAUCUUCCUCCCCCCAGCAAUGGCCUCCUCCCCCGACCACAACCACACCCUGAACGGCGAUUCCAACACCCACGCCUCCAAAAAGCCCAAACUCUCCUUCAUCACGCCCUCCGAAAUCGCCGCCGAAUUCUCCCACCACGACCCCACCGUCGCCCGAAUCAACAACGGCAGCUUCGGGUCCUGCCCCGACUCCGUCCUCCAGGCCCAGCGCCGCUGGCAGCUCAAGUACCUCUCCCAGCCCGAUCACUUCUACUUCAACCACCUCCAAGCCGGCAUCCUCCACUCCCGCACCCUCAUCAGGGACCUCAUCAACGCCGACCACGUCGACGAGGUCUCCAUCGUCGACAACGCCACCACCGCCGCCGCCAUCGUCCUCCAGCAGGCCGCCUGGGGCUUCUCCGAGAGCAAGUUCGAGCAGGGCGACGCCGUCGUCAUGCUCCACUACGCCUACGGCGCCGUCAAGAAGUCGAUUGAGGCCUACGUCACUCGCGCCGGCGGGCACGUCAUUGAGGUACCCUUGCCGUUUCCUUUGAAUUCCAACGAUGAGAUUGUAACCGAGUUUAAGAAAGCUUUGGAGAAGGGGAAGGCUAAUGGUAGGAGGGUUAGGUUAGCUGUGAUUGAUCAUAUUACUUCAAUGCCGUGUGUGGUUAUACCUGUUAAGGAGUUGGUUAAGAUUUGUAGGGAGGAGGGAGUUGAUCAGGUUUUCGUCGAUGCGGCACACAGCAUUGGGUGCACUGAGGUUGAUAUGAAGGACAUUGGGGCUGAUUAUUAUACUAGUAAUUUGCACAAGUGGUUAUUUUGCCCGCCGUCGAUUGCGUUUUUGUAUUGUAGGAAGUCGCCCAAGGGUGUGGAAUUGCACCACCCGGUGGUUUCCCAUGAGUAUGGGAAUGGAUUGGCUAUUGAAAGUGCUUGGAUUGGGACUAGGGAUUACAGCCCUCAGUUGGUUGUUCCGGCGGUUUUGGACUUUGUCAAUAGGUUUGAAGGCGGAAUUGAGGGGAUCAAGAAGAGAAAUCAUGAGACUGUUGUUGAGAUGGGGCAGAUGUUGGCCAAGGCUUGGGGAACACAUCUUGGGUGUCCUCCGGAAAUGUGUGCUAGCAUGGUCAUGAUUGGUUUACCUGCUUGUUUGGGGAUUUCAAGUGAGAAGGAUACUCUAAAGUUGAGGACGCAUUUGAGGGAGAAGUUUGCUGUUGAAGUCCCUAUAUAUUUCCGACCACCUAAGAAUGGGGAGGUUGAGUCGUUAACUGGGUAUUGCCGAAUUUCUCAUCAAGUCUACAACAAAGUUGAUGAUUAUUACAAGUUUAGAGACGCAAUUAAUCAACUUGUUUCUGAUGGGUUUACUUGUGCCCUACUUUCUAAUUGAUGAGUCUGAUGAAGCAACUGAAGAACUUCUUCCGAUGAAUAACGUCCAUGGUUAUCUGCCUCUUCUGCAUGCCUCAGUAGUUGCAAUGGUUUCGGUACCAUUUGUUUCCAAGAAUAGUUGAAAACAAACUGCUAAGUGCAUGUAUCAUCAAAGCAGAAACAAUUUUCUUUUUGGUUUUUAGCGUUUAGACUUCCUGGAGAUGUUGACUUGUCUGUUGAACACUGUCGGGCUUGUUGUGGUAAAUGUUUAAUGACUGUCAUUUGCAUGGUAAUUUAACUUUAAAAAAAACUUACAUUGAAA